CCUAUCGAUACGAUGCUAAUUACAACCACAACCAUAAAAGAAAUCCCAGAGACUCGUUCUAACCAGAAACAUCUUAAUGAAUCAUUUGUGUCCACUUCCCCUCAUGCCAAGCAAGCAGCUAUAAUGGCCUCCGUGCCGAACCGGACAAACGUUGCUGAGCUAAUAAGAAUCCAGUUUCAGGUAUUUGGUGAAUAUGUUAGUGGGCGUCAGAAGGUGGAGGAACCAAUCUGUGAUGGCAGACUGGUGGAGAUCAGUUGGUGCUUUUUAAAAAGGUCUGAAGCAACAAAUGUGACAGAAGACACAACAAGGUGCCAGACAAGACACAAGAUGAGACUGCCUUUCCGUAUUGGAGCCUCACAGGUCACCCUCCUCUUCCUCGAACUCCUCUUCCCAGUCCCACCAACAGUUUCCACACAUCCUUUGUCCUCCUUGGCCUUCUAUCCCACACUGGACAGGCGUGAACUAGAGUCACCUCUGUAUGACCUCAAGUCUCCUCUGCAGGACCUCAAAGACCCUAAAAACUGGUCAAACUGGCCUCAAAGCCCUCAGAAUACUCUUUCAGAGUCUGAGGAGAAAGAUGAAUCAUGGGAAGAAAUGCAGCUGAUGAGGGCCCAGAGAGGAGACCUCCUGGAGCUCCCGCUCUCCCCAUUCGCUGGGGAUAACUCGUUGGAGAUCAGAAACCAUCAGGAAGGAGGAGAAGGGGAGGAAGGCUGGAAGAGGAACAACGCUCUAACCUCCAUGGCCGGAGGGCUUCAAGCUGUCAGCCGAGAAAAAGGAGGAUUUGGUUUCCGCUUCGGGAGGAAGAGUCGGCGAGAAAAGGGGAGAAGGGGUGGAAGGGUAAUGGAAGAGGCUGGAGAAGAGAGGACAGGUGAAAGCAGAAAGAGAGGUUUCAGCUGGGAGGAAAGAUUGGACUAAGAAGGAACAAAGUUUCUAAGAGGUUUUAUUAAAAAUGCAAGUCUUGGGUUAAACAGAAGUAAGAUUUUUUUGUUUGUUUUCCUUUAUUCAGACAUAAAGAAGCAGUCAGUUGUAUCUAAUGCAUUUUACUCAAUGAAAGGGUGCUGAAAGCUGCUCAUAGCAUCAUA